GGUUGCCACUGCGGAAGCCAAGUGCCCCGCCCACCCCCUCGGUUGCCAUAACAGCAGUACGCAACGCCUCCUCACCCCUUGCGGCUCUUUCAAAACAAUCUCCCUCUCCAGGCCAAGACCCUCUCCGAAACCGCUUCUAGUGGAGCAGAACCAGGGACAAGGACCUUGCUUGAUCUGAUUCCAGAGCCCUCAGCAGGGAAGAAAGAUGUCAGAUGAAGAUGAUCUGGAAGACUUUGAACCAGACCCGGAUGAUCUGGAAAAGGAAGAUGAUGAGAAGGAGACAGAGGAGUGGGAGGACUACAGGAAGGAGGGGGAAGAACUCCCUGAGGAAUGGAUGCCCAGCCCCCUCACGGAGGACAUGAUGAAGGAAGGGCUUUCUCUGCUCUGUAAGACAGGCAGUGGACUGGCUCAUGCUUAUGUCAAGCUGGAGCUUAAAGAGAGAGAUCUGACAGACAUCUACUUGCUGCGUUCCUACAUCCAUCUGCGCUAUGUGGAUGUUUCUGAGAACCACCUGACAGACUUGUACCCACUCAAUUACCUCACACACCUGCUCUGGCUCAAGGCUGAUGGCAACCGGCUGCGGAGCGCCCAGCUGAACGAGCUGCCCUACCUGCAGAUUGCCAGUUUUGCCCAUAACCAGAUCACUGACACUGAGGGCAUCUCUCAUCCUCGUCUGGGCAGCCUGGAUCUCAAAGGAAACCGCAUCCGCAUGGUGACAGGUCUGGACCCCCAAAAGCUGAUCAGCCUGCAUACACUGGAGCUUCGGGGGAACCUGUUGGACAGCACCCUGGGAAUCAACCUUCCUAAGCUGAAGAACCUCUUCCUGGCCCAGAACUUGCUGAAGAAGGUGGAAGGCUUGGAGAACCUUAGCAAUCUCACUACCUUGCAUCUUCGAGACAACCAGAUUGAAACUCUGAGUGGCUUCUCCAAGGAAAUGAAGUCACUGCAGUACCUCAACCUGAGGGGCAACAUGGUGACUGACCUGGGGGAGCUAGCCAAGCUUCGGGACCUGCCCAAGCUUCGAGCCUUGGUGCUGCUGGACAACCCAUGUACAGAUGAGAACGACUACCGCCAGGAGGCCCUGGUGCAGAUGGCACACCUCGAACGCCUGGACAAGGACUUCUUCGAGGAGGAGGAGCGGGCUGAGGCCGAUGAGAUCCGUCAGAGGAUGAAGGAGGAGCAGGAUCAGGAGCAGGAGGCUGAGCCCGAGCAUGACUUGGAAUUGGACCAACCAUCGACCUAGCAGCGGUUCUUCUAGCCUUCAAGGAUAGAAAUUAAAAAGACACUGGCCCCAAGAACUGAGAAGGCUCCCAGUCAGGAGGGCUGCCACAUUCCUAGAGGAUACCUUCUCUUGCUCCAGCCCUGGGAAUUCAUCACAGCCUGCAGCCCAGGCUCUGUGAAGGGCACCUGGGCAGUGGUGCCCUGAGCAGCGGUGCGGGUGGGCCCAGAGCCUAGGCAGGGGCAGCCCUCCGGCAGGUAGGGGUGCGAGCUAGGCCUGGAGGGGCUGAGGGGAUGCUUGUAGAGUUGGCUGCAGAGGCGCUGCGGAGGCAGGCUGGGGUGUUAGGAACAAUUCCAUGUUUCAAUAAAGAGACAUUUUGCUACUCGUGUCUGA